AUGGUUAUUAACGAUUACGAAGCUAUUAUUCAAUGGCACCCUGAAAUGAUACUAAUCUCUGAGAUUCCGGUUACCUGGCAAGGAUUUUUGACAGUUUCGUGUCGAUCUCGUUUUGGAUGUACUAUUCGUAUCAAAUUAAAACUAGUUGUACCGAAUUAUCCGUCUUUCCACAAUGCAAAAAUUAAUUUUGGCAAAGAAAUUACACUUAUACGCAACACCAAUUUUAGACAACAGGUGGAGGAUUUAAUGGCAAAUAGUACGAAAACUUCGUUGUUUUUAAGGCAAUUACAGUCACUUAUAAGUAAUUUCAUUGAUGCUACUUAUAUAGAAGGUAAUGUGUAUGAAGCAAUAGAUAACAGUGCACUGGAUAUACUACAAGAAUUAAAGGAUGCUCUGGAGAUUCCAUCUGAAGUUCAACUGUUAUCUGACACUAGUUUAAAUAUAAUCAAAUUAUCUAUGAACAAUGUGUCUUUAAAAUUACAAAGGACAAAGAGCAGUGCGUGUCCGUGGAGUGUUAUCUAUUCAGAUUUGCCUGAAAUUCCUGCCUUUGGACCUUUUGAAAAGAAUGUAUCGACAUUAAGUAUAGCACGAAAUAAAUUGAAAUUACAAGUAGAGAUAUUUGAGAAAGCUUGGUUCAAUCUGCAGCAGAUCGACAAGAACUGUCAGAUACUAGAUCCAUUACAACCAAAACUUUGUCAUCUCUAUCGCAGAAUUUAUUUAACAUCAUUGUUAUCGAUGUUUGUUAAAAUAGAUCCCUUGAAUCCCAUGGAUGUACCUGAAAUUAAAUUCAUGGGUAGUGAAACACAAGCUGAAUUGCAAAGGGAUUUGGUGUCUAAGAAUGUGCAUAACUGGAAUCCAAAAUGUAAUAUUAUAAGUAAUUUAAUGAUGCUGUUAAAUAUAGACACAUUUCCCAAAAAAGAAGAGGAAGAAUACAUAGAAGAUAAGAAUGUUAUUGUCUCUGAUAAAGAGUGUUGCAUUUGUUUCUCUAUGGAAUUAGACAAUGAACUAUUACCUGAUAAAAUCUGCAGUAAUGAAAAAUGUAGAAGACACUUUCACACACCUUGUUUAUUACAGUGGUUGCAAGCUGUUGCUGGGAAUCAUAUUGUAUUUGACCAUAUUCAUGGUACUUGUCCACAGUGCCAAGAAAGUAUAUCAUGUUGCAUAAAAUAGUAUUCUUAAUAAUGCACCUUCAUUUAAGAUAAGUUACAUG